CGACCCGACGCACAAAUGAGCUCCAAGGCGAAAGGCUCGGAGCAUUUCCCCGCUCUCCUUCCUUUCCUUCCUUCUCAACGAUAGCAGCAUAAAUACAGCAUAGCGACGCUCCCACUAUGUCGUCCACCUCUGACCAGCUCGAGGCAGUCACCAUGCGUACACAAGGUCGUUUCGUUCACCCUUCCCUUCCCACGCACCUUCACAUCGCCGUAGCCCAGCUCCUUCCCGUUUCCCCUUCCUCCUCCAGCUCAUCCCCAGACGCAGGCCUCGACAAGCUGCGCACCUACAUAGCUCACGCAGCCAAGCUUGGAGCGGAUCUGGUCGUUUUCCCGGAGUACUUUCUGGCCGGGGCGGAUCAUGGGGAUUGGUAUGGGGUGAGGGAGAGAGGGGGACCUAGGCCGCAUGGGCAUAGCGCUGUGGAGGAGAAGGAGGAGGAGGAACAAGAGAAGCAUUGGUUGGACGUGGUGUGUGAGGAGGCCAAGAAGCGCGACAUCAAUGUUGUAGCAGGGACGGUCGUGGAGCUGGGUCAUGGCCAAGGGGAGCAUCAUGUGCUACACAGAAAUGAGGCGGGUGGUAGCAAUGGCAAGGGGCAAGGAGGCAAGGAGGAGAAGCUCUUCAAUACUGCUUACUUUGUCGGUCGAGAAGGGGAUGUGAGGGGAAAGUAUACGAAAAGAAACCUCUGGCACCCCGAACGUGCGCCCUUGACUCCCGGCCACUCGUCCACGCACCCACACCCAGACACGUUCACUUUCACCACCCGUCGACGCCCGCAGCACCCCAUUACCACAGGUCUAAGGAUUUGCUGGGAUCUGGCAUUCCCUUCUUCCUUCCGCGAGCUCGCCGAUGCCUCACCCCCUGCGGAUAUCAUAAUAGCCCCAACAUGCUGGUACGCGACUGAUUCGGGGACUGCAGGGCUGGGCUGGGGCAACCCAUUCGAGGGGGAGGGGACAAUCCUCGAUGCCUUGGUGACCGCCCGAAGCUUGGAGGCAGAAUGUCCCGUGGUUAUGGCGAACGUUGCUGGGCCAGGCUGGCCGGAGGGCUUCAGGAAGGACUGGGCAAAGUUGGACGAGAUAGCGGAGCGGGAGGAAUGGGGGCCUGACGACGUUCAUCGACAGCGUAUUGGUCUCAUCGAUCUACAUAUUGAGAGGCCAGGCCUGGCCGUAGGCUUGGGAAGAUCCGCCAUCGUGAGCCCCUUCAGUGGCGUCAUUGCACGACUCGAGGACGAAGCGGAGGGCCUUUUACUGGGGAGUGUGGAUUUGAGGAUCGUCGACGACAUCAGGAAGACGUAUCAGAUUCGUAAAGACCUCGCGGCGGCUGCGGCGGCCGAGGAGGAUGAUGAGGAGGGACGGAAACGCAAGAAGGCGACGUGAUGCGGCAGGACACAAAGAAUUGAUGUCACUCAUUUUCAGCCUCACAAGUGCGUACGAAGGGAGAAGGCCUGUGAAGACCGUGCAUCGACACGAGAGAAUGUGGAGUUGCAAGUAGCCGGUCGACUUGCGCCUGUCCACGCUCUGUUGUCCAGCCUUACCCUCCUCUACAACCCUUCCGCAGCCAUUGCCUUCCUAUCCUCUCUUUGCAGCCUCCUUCCUCUCCUGAAUCCACUUCUCAAUUUCCGCCUUCAACUCCUCGUCCACCUUGACCUGAUCCAGCUUGAGCGGCGCUCUAUUAAAAGGAUCACUAGCAUCGCUCAACAGAUGCGCCUUGAUCGUACUGAGGUCCAGAACGGCACCUGACGUAGGCAAGCGUACGGGAUUGCGCAUAACGGUAGCCAUGAGCGGAUCAGCGUACUCAUCUGGAAUCUCUCCCAGAUCCUCG